CUGUCGAAUCGAUCUGAAAAUGCCGCCGAAUAUCCUGAAGAGCAGCUUGGAGAAUGCCUCGUUUAGCAUUGUAUUUCAGAUAUUCUGUCGCUGCAUUACAUUUGUUCUGAACGCAUUUGUUGUUCGUCACGUGGGCCAGGCAAUCCUAGGCGUCAUUAAUGUGAGAUUACUCUUACUGGAAUCAAUGAUACUGUUCUUAUCACGCGAGCCAUUUGUGAAAGCAUGUCUGACUAACACGGCGGAUCAUAACUGGGCCCAAGUUAUAAAUCUACUGUGGCUGACAGUACCUAUAUGCAUUGUAAUGUCCUUUCUAUUUGGAUAUACUUGGUUGUUCUUGCUCUCCACCACAGAGAUAUUACCAUCAUACUACACGUUUGCAGUUUGGGCAGUUGGACUGUCAUGUGUUAUAGAACUGUCUUCCUUAGUCGUUCAAUUGGUCGCAAACGCAUUUCUCUUCGUUAGGCUUAAAAUAAUUCUGGAUACGAUCAUGAUCGUCAUUCGUACUAUGACGUUUGUCCCACUAAUAUUGUAUUAUCCUGAGAACGCAUUACUUGCAUUCGGUAUCGCUCAACUUGUUGCGGCAAUAUUUUACACAACUAGUUAUUAUGCAUAUUUUCAUUAUCAUAUCAAGAAACUGAACAAGUGCUCACAGAAACGAAAAAUGUCUUUGAAAGAUAACAGCGACGAAUAUGUGUUAAGGGAGUUUCCCUUUCAUACUAUAGAAGAUUUUUUACCUUGUCAGCUAGAAAAUAAUGAUUCGUACUUUGAUACAAAGUUGACUAAUCUCACGUGGAGCUUCUUUAGGCAAGGAAUCCUAAAGCAGAUUUUGACGGAAGGCGAAAGAUUGAUCAUGACUAUAAUGCCAGUAUUAACGUUUACAGAACAGGGAGUCUACGAGAUAGUGAAUAAUAUGGGUUCGCUAGCUGCUAGAUUUAUUUUCCGUCCAAUCGAAGAUAGUGGUUAUUUUUAUUUCACACAGAUGGUGAAAAGGGAUAAAACGAUCUCUGAUCAGAAUCCAGUGAAAGUACAAGAGAGUGUGAAUGUGUUGACACAUUUGUGUUCUGUUGUUACAUAUAUCGGUUUGAUUGUUCUAGUAUUCGGUCAGUCUUAUUCGAGCCUCUUGCUCUGGUUGUAUGGUGGCUCAAAGUUGAUUUUACCCUUACCUGUUCUAUUGCUAAGAGCACAUUGCCUCGCCGUGUUACUGUUAGGAAUCAAUGGCGUAACCGAAUGCUACACUAACGCAACAGCCGAUAAUGCGACCAUAAACAAGAGCAACUUGAUCAUGGUCUACCAGUCGAUCACAUUCUUGGGCGCAUCGUAUCUGUUUGCUACCUGGUUUGGUCCGGUCGGCUUUGUUCUCGGAAACUGCGUGAACAUGAGUUUGAGAAUCAUACAUUCGGUGAUAUUCAUUAAUAAGAGACACCAAGACACAGUCCAUCGUCCAUUACGCGGACUAGUACCAAAGCCCAUGUUCUCCACAUGUCUACUCGUCGCAGCGUUCGCCACUAAUUUAUCACACACUUACUUCUUCCCAAGUGAAAAAAUAUUGCACCUAUUAGUUGGCUUAAUAAUGUUUAUGAUUGUACUUAUGUCUUGGCUAUAUGAAAAUUACGAAUUAAUCCAGCUUGCAACAAGCAAAUGGUAUGAAAGAAAUAAACAGAAAAAGAGCGACUGAACCUAAAUC